GCAAAAGAAAGAAUAAGAUGAACACAUGACCUGACUGUUCAAGUGGCCCAUAAAUAAAUACUUAGGGACUUUCUAAAGAAACAGUAAAGUUGUGGCCUACACUGCGGUUGAAGUGCAGUGCCCCCAUGUGGUCACUACGCCAUGAGUAGUAAGACUUACUGAUAUUCAGUAUGUGUGGGUGUGUUUGUGACGUGAAAGAGAGAAAAAAAGACAGAAAGAGUGAGAGAUUGUAGAGAGUGAGCGAGAGAUAGACAGAGAGAGCGGGAGAGAGAGAUCCAGUCGCCGUCUAUCAAGUCUCCAAGCUCCCACGUGAAACCGAGACAAAAAGCAGGGAAGGUGUCUCGUCUGGGGCGCAAUGGUGACCCACAUCUCCGCUUCGCCACGCCUCCUCGAAGCAUCCCUUUACGUCAGCCUUCACACGAGCCCACGAGCUUGCGUCCAGAGGGCUUCCCGAGAUUCAUUCUUCAGCAUAUCGCUUCUAACCGCCAGUCUUUUGUUAAAUUAUCCUAAUUAUACCUCUACAUUUCUACAAAUGAACUAAGUGUUCGUUUUGGAGUGAAAUCCCUGCUUUUAUACUGUCGGCUGGAGUCAGCGUCUCAAUAAGGCUGCGUCCAUUUGUUCCUUUGUGGGGGGAUUAACGCUCAAAAGGAUUUAUUAUGUUGACCCUGAGUGUUUUUUCUCUUUUUGGUCUGAAAUUAAGUUUUAAUAAUUUAUCUUAAAAUAAACAGACAUAUAUUCUGCAAGUAAUUUGAUUUUCUGUAAAAUAUUUGACGAUGUGUGUGGAGCCUCCACCCCUGCAUGACAUGGUACGCUCCACUCCCUGCCGUUCGCCGUUGUUGUACUCAGAGCCACUGAACAGAUUUGUCGUGAUACAAACUAAGCUACACAUUGGCAGAAAAAGCCACGAAAAGAUGCACUUCAACGGGUUUACAAUAGCAAAACGUGUGCGGAAAAGUGAAGGAAAACUUUGUCUAAGUGUGCACAAACUUUAAAAGAUCAAGAAUCCGGCACACUUGUUAUCAUUUUUGAUUGUGUUAGCACUGUUUCAUCGCACUACUACGAUUGCACGUUUCUUUCUUUUUGUAUUUCUCAUUAUUUCUGGGCCAGUCCAGUCUGAUGAAUUCACCGAAAAAAGACGGAGAUGAUGAAGUACCCGUUAAAGACCCGGUAAAAUAUGGAGAGCUGGUCAUUUUGGGGUACAAUGGCUCUCUUCCUUGCGGAGACCGGGGACGCAGAAAGAGUCGCUUUGCUCUGUACCGACGGGCCAAGGCCAAUGGAGUCAAACCCAGUGCAGUGCAUAUCCUUAACACCCCACAGGACAGCAAGGCUGUACACAGUAGGGGGCAGCACAGCAUUUCCUUCACUCUCUCCCGCAACCAGACGGUGGUGGUGGAGUACUGCCAUGACAACAGUACUGACAUGUUUCAGAUUGGACGCUCCACAGAAAGUCCAAUUGACUUCGUGGUGACAGAUACAUCUGGAGGAGGAAAAGAAGGGGAGGACCCGUCUAUCGCUCCGAGCACGAUCUCACGCUUUGCCUGCAGAGUUGUGUGUGAACGCAACCCACCUUACACUGCACGCAUUUAUGCUGCAGGCUUCGACUCCUCCAAGAAUAUCUUCCUGGGAGAAAAAGCAACCAAAUGGAAAAACCCUGAUGGACACAUGGAUGGCCUGACCACCAACGGCGUACUAGUGAUGCAUCCUGGGGGUUUCCCUGAAGAUCCAAAGCAGGGGCUGUGGAGGGAGAUAUCUGUCUGUGGGGACGUGUACGCCUUACGAGAGACGCGCUCUGGACCCAGCAGAGGCAAACUGGCCGAGGGAGAAAGCAGUGCACUAAGAGAUGGGUCCCUUGUUGAUCUGUGUGGCGCCACCUUGCUGUGGCGUACAGGCGAAGGGCUAAUGCGUGCUCCAACCCUGCGCCACCUGGAGGCACUUCGCCAGGAGCUUAAUGCAUCCCGCCCUCAGUGUCCUGUCGGCCUCAGCACACUGGCCUUUCCCAGCCUGCCCCGCAGCCACAGCCUUGAAGAACGUCAGCCUUGGGUCUACCUCACAUGUGGCCACGUCCACGGACGCCACGAUUGGGGCCAGAGAGCUGAGGGGCAGGUGGACCAUGGAGACGGCGAGGGCUCCACCACCCGCCGUGAAUGUCCCCUGUGCAGGACCGUCGGCCCCUACGUGCCCCUCUGGCUCGGCGGUGAACCUGCAGUUUAUGUGGACGCCGGCGCUCCUACGCACACAUUUAUUCCAUGUGGCCACGUCUGCUCAGAAAAGACAGUGAGGUACUGGGCCGAGACCCCGUUGCCCCAUGGGACCCACGCCUUCAGACCUGUCUGCCCCUUCUGCUCCACUGCCCUCGGCUCCCCCAGCUGGUCACGGCUUAUCUUCCAGGGUCCCAUUGACUAGCUGCAGCAACGGCAGCUGUCGCAGUAACAGGAAGACAGCUGAGGUUCAGUCAUGGUGAAAACUUUUUAGAACAAGUACAGGUAACAAAACGGUGUGCAAAUAUCUCUUUCAUAUUAUUACAGUUGGUGUUACUUUUGUACAUUCCUCAUGUGGGAAUUGAAGCUCUUAAAAAAACAUUUUAACCUUCACAUAACAUAUUGGUGACUGACUAAAAACAUUUUCAUUGUUUUUACCUAACCAAUAAUGUCGGCACAUGAGAAUACACAUUAAGGUAAUGACUUAACACCUAACAAUGUCAAAAGUAUUUGACAUAUGACAAAGAAAUGCAGAGUUUGUGCCACUGAAACUGUAUUCAGUAUUAUUAGUUUCAAUGCGAUUGUAUUUCUGCCGUUUGUUUUGUGGAAUGCACUUACAUUUUGGCAAAUAUUGCAAAUGAUCUGAGAAAUGUACAAAAGUGACGAGAAAAGAGCAGUGAAGCAGAAGAGCUCUGUGUUCAGUAUUUAAUGUUUUAACCCACAGAUUAUUAUCUGAGGAGUUCUGUGCGGGAUAUAUCUUCAACUGCUACAAGGUGAAAAUUGAGGAUAACAUUUUGUUACUGUGUGGACAUAAUACUUUA